GAUUGGUCGCUGCCGGCUGUCCCCGGAAGUAUCGUUCUCUUCCUCUUCCUCAUAUCCACAGUUGUUUAUAACACUUGCGAUGUUAAAAUUGCAGGUUUUGUACAAUUAAACACUUAAGGCAGACCGUAUUAGGUCCGUUUUCAUUAUUGUGUUAUACUCCUAAUUAUCUGUUGGAUUUUACACCGUGGACGAAAACUCGAAAUGUGCAACGGUUGUGUGCAGAAGGAAUACCCUGACAGGGGGAACACCUGUCUGGAGAAUGGCUCCUUCCUGAUGAAUUAUCUCGGCUGUGUGAACUGCCACCAGAGGGACUUCGUGUUGAUCAGUAACAAGACCAUGGAAGACGAGGAUGGGGAGGAGAUUGUAACAUAUGACCAUGUUUGCAAAAACUGUGAGCACGUUGUCGCCAGACAUGAAUAUACGUUCUCCGUGGUGGACGAAUAUCAAGAAUACACAAUGUUGUGCAUGCUAUGUGGAAAGGCAGAGGACUCCAUCAGCGUGCUUCCAGACGACCCCCGGCAGUCCGCCCCUCUCUUCUAGCCCUCCGAGACAAGCCAGCUGGUCAGCCUGCAUAUUGGACAGUGAUAACUAAGAAUCAUCAUCCAAUGUGGUUUACCGGUCUCUGCCACACCCAUCACGUUCUUCUGUCCUUACUGUCAAAAAAUAAUUAAAUGUUUUCAGUGUGCCGUAAGUUUGGCUGACUCCAUGGCUUAUUAUAGCCAUAUUGUUCUAUUUUUUAAUGAUAACCUUUCAUUUGAAACAAACUGAAGAUAGUAUGGUGAUCUUGAUAAAAAAUGUAAAAAAAAUGUAAGACAUUCUAUAAAUCUCAAUUUUAGCCAUAGACUUUGCAUUUUUUGCUCAAAGGAAUGCACAUUUUUGCUGAAAGGUUAACUAUGACGGCGAUUGACAUAUUUACCGUUCCACUGUUUGUACUUUGUGGCCUCUACAAAAUAUUGUUUAUACCCUUCUAGCUUAUGCUGAUUGAAAAGUGUUUCAUGUGCAUUUCUUAAUACUGAUGACCGAAUAUAGCAGCCCCACAUCUGUGAGCCUAUUUAACAAUGGAUCUAUGAAUGGUGGCUUAUUCUUCUUACCUCUUCAGGUAAACAUACAACUGUGAUUUAUUUGCAUAUUGGACCUCUUGUGAUGCAACAAACAGUGCUCAGAGCAGAUAUAACCAGUUGUUUACCAGCUUAAUAAACAUAAUUUCUAACAUGCUUAGAUACCCGGUUUGAUUCUUAGGGUAUUUUCAAAGUCACAAUAUCUAGACUAGAUUUCCAAUUAAAUAUUUUUUAAUCAAAACAGAUUUUCCUACUGGUAUUUUAAAGGCAAUGUUUUAUUCAGUCAUUGUUUAAUACUUCUAAAGUAAAUAGGCAUAUGGUAAACAAACCACUUCCAUCGUAGUUUCUUCAAUGGUCAACCGUCCAAUGCAAGACAAACAAUAUUGGAUGAUUGCUGGCUACAUGUUGAUGUAUUUGGAGCAAAGUUGGUAAAAUAUAAAAUUAAAUAAAAAACAAAACUCUUACUGUACAAAUAAAAUACAUUAUCAAAUAUAUUUGUAAUGAUACCCAUGCAUGUGACUAUACCCGAGUAUGAGUGCAUUUACAUUCCAACAUCUUGACACUUUUGCAUGAGCAAAACCUUAACAAACAAAAGGAGAAAUCAUAUAAGGUCACUGAAUACCAAAGAGAUUCAUUUUCACAUAUCGUCUAGCAAUACGGUGAGGAAAAGGAAUGAUGAUUACUCGAGACUACGUGCCCUGCUCCUAUAUACUAAUGGUAGUGCUGGUAUGUUUAUAUUUGUAGUGUUAUUUUAAGCAUUUCUUGUAGUGUAUACUAUUAUUUUCUCCUAAGA